AUGAAUACAGCACAGUCCCUGCUCUUGAAGUACUCAAGGUUAAAUGGGGAAGACAGACGUGAAGAAAGAGAAAAUAGGAACCAGUAUGCUGAAAGCUACUCCCAAGAGCGGCUGCUGUGGGCAACCUCCGUGCUGGCUGGGGAGCUUGGGGCUGAGUCAGGAAGUAAUGUCUUGGAGCUUAAUUUGGCAACAAAUGGACACAUACCUACCAAGACUCUGAGAAUAACUACAAGGAAAACUUGCGGUGAAGGUUCUAAGACUUGGGAUCGUUUUCAGAUGAGGAUCCACAAGCGACUCAUUGACCUGUACAGUCCCUCUGAGAUUGUCAAGCAGAGCACUUCCAUCAGUAUUGAGCCAGGAGUCGAGGUUGAAGUCACCAUCGCAGAUGCUUAA